GACGGUGCACGCCGUAUACGCUAACCGUGGAUCAAUUAACCUCUGCUCGAGUCACGUUUUCCGCAUAUAUUACGUCUUCCGACGAUUUACUCGUUCCCAGUAUCGAUUCGCGAGUGAUCUAACGACCGAGCUUUCUCCAUCUUCGACGAAACGAUCGGAAUAACGUGACAAUUGUGAAACACGCGACCACAUUUCGAGGUUAGGUGGCCCUUGGAUUUUUUGCGUCGGUCUUCUGCUAGACAGUCAGCGCCACAUAUUCGCUCAAGAGGACAAUUCCCCGUCGUUUCGCGUAGUUGAAACGACUUGAAGCGACGAUAAAGCUGCAUUGCCGGAUCAUCCGAUUUCUUUGAGCAUUUUAUACGGUGCUGAGCCAUUUUAGUGAAAGUCGACCCCGCAUUCGGGAAUUCCAUUGACUUCGAAGUGACUGGCUGAUUUCCGGUCAAGACAAGCCCAUGUGGACAGCAGCAGCGGUGCCUGAGAUCAUUCUGUGCUAAGUCCUACCCUCGUGUUCCCGUGGAGAAAGUUUGUCCGAGGAAGUAAUCGCGCGUGCACCGCGACCAGUGAUCGCAGCAUGGCUGAUCUGGACGAUUUUUUCGCGAAAAAGGACCGCAAAAAAGCGAAGGGGAAGAAGUUCACGACCACGGAGGAGAUAGCGAAGAAAUUGGAAGAGACGGGCAAACGUUUGGGGAAGAAAUCGAAAGAUAAACCAGUGAACCCGGAGGGCGAGGAGAUUCAACAAAACGAGGAUGAGGAUGAAUGGAGAGAGUUCGAGGAGGAGAAGAAGGACUACACUGGCUUGAAAAUUGGAAACUUAACGAUGAACGAAUCUAUAGAUGCUGAAUCUGACGACGAGAAGGGUACAGGUGACAAUAGCUCAGAUGGAGAGUCAGGAGAGGGUGGAAUCAAACAUUCAGGCCCCUGGAAAAAGCCUGAACUCCCUCCACAACCAGAAGUGACCGAAACAGCAGCCCCACCGCCGCCACCACCUGUUACUUCAGGAAGUAGUUAUAAGCCUCCACACUUAAGAAAUAUGCCAGCGGUAGCUGCUAGUCCUAGACAACGAGCAAAAAAUGUUGCGCCAGACAUACACAGUGAAGAAUACUUUCCAACGUUGAACUCCAAGCAGCAGCAAAGCAACGAACCUAGCGGACCAUGGGGCAGACGGAAACGAGACGAAGGUACGUUCGAAGAAGUACGUAACCGAGGUGGAAGCAGAUCGUAUACCGUGCAGGAUGCGCAAGCUCAAGCACCGAAGCUGUCUCUGGGCAACAAGUACGGUGCCCUGUCGCAAGAUCAAAGCUGAAAUCAUCUUUGACUCAAGCAAACGACAAACACAAUCAUCAUUAUGUUACGUCAUCGCCUCUCUCCGUUUCGUGGCCCAGCUGCGCUAUCAAAAUAUGUUUUCUAGGAUAUAGAACAUACGACGAGAAAACGUGUACGGAUAGGAUGCAUCGUCGAUUCACGUACCGUGCCCUAGCUUUCGAAAAGCCCGGCGCCAGUCCGAAAAAAAAACAAAAUAGAGAAAAAGAAAAAAAACGAAAGGAAACAUCGUUUCGUUCGACGGGAGAUCUCAUCUCUGCUAUCGUGACACCGGAAUGUACAAUCUCUUUCGCGAAAAAGCGAUUCGUGCCCACCCGGUGGAUUUCAUAAAGAAACGCAAACGUUUAUUUUUCAUACGAGGAGAACAUGCUCAAAACACACAGACAUAUACACUACAUGUAGCACCAGUUUUAUAUUUAAUUUUUUAAUCUACAUAAUAGAAAGAUGAAUGAUCUAUGGGGGGAGAACAGUGAUGAAAUGCCGCGAGUAUUUUCGUGGCGGAGCGGAAAUCGAGAUAGAACUCUUGUAUAUUCGCGCAAAACGGUGUUAAAACAUUGCGGUUCAUCGCGCGAGAUAUCCGCGCAUUCGUAUUUGCACACGGUGCUGCUGUUUUCGUUUAUCGUGCCCGCAUUCGCAUCAGUCGAUCGUUCGCCUUCGAAACGUCACGGAAACACAAAUUGAAAUACUUGGAUAUUCAAACACGAUGUCUUUUUCAAACGCAUAUGGACUAUUGCUUUAUUUUCUGUGUUACAUAAAAGGAAAGAAAGUUACUACAUAAAAAGACGUCGCGUUUGAGUGUCCAAGUAUUAGUAAUAUACAUAAUUACUUCGAAAUAAUUGAAUUUCGGGGCUGGGCUUUGGAACGGUGCGGAAACAUUGAUAUAUGUAUACAUCGAUAGGAUUGCAUAGAGAAAGAAUAAACAGAGGAAACGUAUACGCGAACUAUAAUAGACCGGAUAAGUUGAAUCGAAGAAACGCAAUGUAAAUGAGAGAUGUUUGCGCGUAUGCGUAAACGAAUGUAUAAUAUGAAAAAAAAAAGAAUAACAGAAAGACGUAUGUACCCUUUUGUUAACGCUUGUUUAAUUAGUUUUGUUGAUUUAGAGACUUCUUUUGCGAAAAAGAAAUGAAAACGAGAGAAUGGUUGGAUAGAGAGAUAAGAGAGGAAAUCGUUGAGAUUCUCCUGUGUGAUAUCAGGGGUUUGCGGGGUGCUAGCGCUGUUAUUUUUUUGAUGGUGAACAAAGCGAGACACAGAUAGGGGGAGAAAAGAAGAUUAGACUCGAGGGAGGAGAAUGGAAGUGAGCCAUACAUGCAGAAUCGAGGAAACGAAAAUAAAAAAAAAAUAAAAAAAAAAAACGGAGCCUUGAAUAGUGAUCUAUAAAGAAGAAGAAACAAAAAUGAAAGGAUGUGAUUAUUUAUAAUAAAUUUCCUAGGACAACUUAUAUAAGUACUGCCUUAAGCAUUUUAAUUUCGCGACCAUCAAAUGUUGUGUCGGUGAUCUCGCGACUGGCUCUGAAAAUACGGAAAAACUGCGAAAAGGAUUAUGUUCACGCUUAGGAUGGGUGUGAUUUAUAUUACCUGUUCGCGCGAUCGACCGUCACAGUCGUUCUAUCUCGAGGAUCGAAGACACUUUUCACGGGCAUUUCCACGUAGAAAUACGCAAAUUCCAUAUGCGAGAAUCUAAAAGUUGUUUGUUCAGUCGAGUCGAUCCGUUUGUUCGUUUCAUAAUUCGUGGCCAUGUAGUUAUUCCUUCACGUUCGUUGUAUUUAUAAAUAUAAAUUCAGGAUACACUGGCCCAUGAAAAUUAUUUGAACACUUUUAUGCAUAUAUCGUGCAUUUUAUACAAAAACAUUUCGAAAUUUCAUCGGCAUUAUAAUAAGAGAAGACUGUUAUUAUUAUUGUAUUGAUAAAAAUCUGAAAUUUCAAUUUGAAAUUGUAUGUAGAAGUUAUGUAUUUAUUGCGAAUAUAUGUAUAUUUAGUAAAACAGAAUUAGUAUACAUCGUGAAUAGUAAGCGUUCCACUGAACAUUGUAGUUCAUUAAUGUAAUGGAUAAUUUACUAUUCGAAUACUCUGUCUUCUAGUCUCAGAUUUGUUUUAUAUCUAUAUAAUACGAUAAACUUAGAAAUACAAAAAACGCACAGAUUCUAUUUCCUUGCUUUGAAAAUACAAAUUCGCAUGGAAAUCCGUAAUCCUAAUGUUCAUUACAGUGCUAAUGAAAUUUCCAAGUGUAUCGCACAUAAUAUAAUAUAUUCGUAGAUUUCUAUAAGUGUUCAAAUACCAUAACGGGUUACUGUAUUUUAAUAAUUAAAUGGCCCUAAAUGUAAUUCUAUCGUUUGCCUUCUAUAAUAUGUAUGAACGAACUGAUCGACCAACUCUUGACUUACUGUAUUAAGAUAACCAAUCUUCACUGGUCGAUCGAUUUUAACAGAACAGUUGAGAAUAAGAAUCGUGGCCAAUUUUAAGGAGAGCGGCGAGGAUUGGUGUAUUUUAAUUCAGUAAAUAGUAAAAUCGAAUGUCGUAAAAUAUGAAGCCGCGCGAAGACGAUGUAUAACGUCAUUGUCAGGGUAACGUGGACUUCGCCUGCCCUUUGUUACAGAAUAGUUGAAAUAAUUUUAUCGUGACUGUUGUUAACAGAGAGAGAAAACGACAGAAUGACCGAGUAAGCGAAAGAGUGCGCGAAAGAGAGUUGCAACGUGGCGAAUAAUGAAUUAAUAUAAUAAAAUAACAAUGAAAACGAUACAGUUGAACAACACGAUAUACUUUGUUUCCGAUGACAUUUCUUGCUCUUGUUUCAUUUCUCAUCAUUAUGCGAUAUUUUCAACGAAACUCGCAAUACUCGUGCCCGAUUUCUGUGGAAUUAAUAAUAAUAAAAAAAAAGA